UAUUAAAACAUGUUUAGAACACUAUUCAAUUCACUCUGACUGCGAAAAAAUUAUAUUUUAUACUUUUGUUAACUGAUAGUAAAUUCUAAUAGAAUGCUGUGUUUUUAUGUUUAGUUCAUUGAUGAAGCUCACUCUGCAGUUGCCGGAUGGAAAAAGGGUUUCCUUCCAUGUUGAUGGGGAGACGUACAGGCUUGUUGUAGAUGAAAAGGAUGAAGACACUAUUCGCUAUCUUGUCAGUCAGACAGUUGAUGGAGAGCAAGAUUCUGAUUCAUCAGAUGUUCCGGCCACCGAAGAUCAAUCAGUUGAUGCAAGUAGUUUGGACUCCAGAACUGCAGACUCAGGAGCUGCGACUGCAUCUGCAUCAGGCAUUGCCUGCUACGAGUGCUGUCGCUCAUACAAAGCGUACACUCUAACUGGCCAGUGUUCGAUGAACCCAUGA